AUGACCUCCCGUCCCGAAUCCAUCUCUGGUGGGUGUCUUUGUGGCUCAAUCCGAUACAAGGUCGUGUUUCCUGAGGACGCUGCAUGGCCAGCCCAAGUAAGGUCUCAGCCCUUGCCGGGAUAUGCCAAUCUGAUCUUGUCAGGCUGCAACGUGUCAAUGCUCCAUUUGCCGCAAAUGUUAGUCGGCGACAUUUUCAAAUCACCAACAUACAGGGAAUAUCAGUCGACCCAGUCAGCCAUCCGAUCUUUUUGUUCUCAAUGCGGAAGCGGCCUCACGUGGCGGAUCAUUGGCAUGGACGAUAUGUUGGUGCUCUUCACCGGAACCAUUGACGAGGAAUAUCUGCUCGGCACCAAGGUCGACGGUAGCGAGCAGCAGACCGACUUGGGUGUGAAGUUCACUCGUAAAGGAGGAUUCUACAAAGAAUUGACUACGCCUAGCAUGGGUCAUCUGUUCUGGAACAAUGUGAUUCCCGGAAUAACUGAUCAUGACACUGGAGGAACGAAGUUUUUGCAAUCUUUUCCGCAGGAAUAA